CGGUUACUCAUGGUAACGUCAUGGGUGGUACUGGGGUGCACGUCGUUCUCCCACAAUCACUACUGACAUUGUGUCGGACAUGGUGCUUUCCAAAAGCUAUAGAAAACAACGGUUUCUUCUAGUAGGCCAACUUUACGGAUAAGAUUACUCCACAAUCGUGUGUCAUCCGUGUUGACUACAGAAACGUUGUCAUUGUGAUUUGUUACUGGCAGUCUACGCUAAAGGAGGUCCUGCUACAUUUAGAAAUACUUCUCUGAUCUCUGCUUUCGUUAGAAAGUGAAUAUGGAGGAAUUCUGAUAGUUUGGCCGCGCGUAAUAGCAUAAUUUUUGAACAGCAGAUUGGUUGACGACGGUUACUGCGGACGUACGCCCAGGAGGGUGGCCAUUUCGGAGGUACUGGAACCGGGGCGCCUGCCACAGAAGAUCAUACCAUGCUCACAGAAGAUCAUGCCACGCUCACAGAAGAUCAUGCCACGCUCACAGAAGAUCAUGCCACGCUCACAGAAGAUCAUGCCACGCUCACAGAAGAUCAUGCCACGCUCACAGAAGAUCAUGCCACGCUCACAGAAGAUCAUGCCACGCUCACAGAAGAUCAUACCAUGCUUACAAAAGAUCAUACCACGUUCACAGAAGAUCAUAUCACGCUUACAGAUCAUACCACACUUACAAGAAGAUCAUACCAUGCUCACAAAAGAUAAUACUGUGCUAGAAGAUCAUACAAUGCUUACAGAAGAUCAUAACCACGCUAGGAAAAGAUCAUACCAUGUUCACAGAAGACCAUGCUGCUCUAGUAGGAGAUCACUACCAUGGUCACAGAAGUUGAUACUGUGCUAGUAGAUCAUACCACGCAAACAGAAGAUUAUACUGCACUUAGAGAAGAUCACACCACGUUUAGGUUUUACAGUGCCAUGCAUGGUGGUAGCAGCAGGGGGCUGUGGCAGGCCACCGAGGCCCUGAGGAGAGAGGAGCGCAGGGCUCAGGCUCGCCUGCAGGGGGGGCUACAGAGACUGGAGCUGGCCACAAGUUACCACCUCAACACACUUACCACCGAACAACUGCGGCUUCACAGAGACCUGUUCAAUAUCAGGAGCGGUAACUCCUGGAAAAGGAGCCUCCACCCUCUGGUUGUGCGAAAACUCAACCCUGACCCCAGUCAUCCUUCCAUGCACUAUAGGACUACACUACCCACAAUUCCACGGACCAUCAAAGAGCCACAGAAACAAAGGUCAGUGAAGUCUUUGUAUGGGGUAUUGUCCGGUCCAGCUGCGUUGCAGGCUCGGGUCCAUGACUUCCUCGGCAGCUCCGACUCUGCUGACACACAGAUACACGGUGCAGGUAGCUCCAUGGCACCACUCUGCCUGCCCGACCUCAAACUGCAACCCGCAGCAGCACUGACCAUCACUGGGCUGGAAGGAAGAGGGGAGAGCCAAGAUGUGAGGGGGAGGGAGACGAGGUCAAUGAGACUGAAGGACAGAGAGGAAGAGAACGGGAGUCCCGACGGGGACAGAGAGUGUUGUCCAGACCUCCCUCCCCCGUCCUCUGCUCCGUCCCCCUGUCCUCUCCCUCCUGCUGCCUCUGACUCCCUCGCUCUGGCUGGUCAGCCCAGGACGCUCCACCUCCUGCCGGAUUUUGGCCAAUCGUUGGCCGAGGCUCGUAAAGCACGCUACAUCCGUUAUCGAGGACGACCCCCCUGUGAGAGGGAGCUGUCAAUCACUGAGAUAUUUGCCAGGGGCAACACAAGCUCCACCCACAGGUUCUGAUAGGACCUGUAAGACUCUCAAACCCUGUAAAACUUACAAAUGUUCCUGCGAGAGUCACCAACUGACUAGGUUUCCUUAUAACCUGGGACCAUGAUAUACCUGAAUUGGUUUGGUAAACCACGCUAGCAUGUGAUGUGCAAGCUGGCUUGAAAGCUGCUGCUGAAAUGUGUUAGUCCAUUAAGCAAAAGACAGAUAGAGCCAGUUCUCAAGCAAGGUUAAACAUCAUGUUCUAAAGUGGUUCACCAAACCACAGUAAUAUAAUGAAAACCUCUCUAACCAUAAAAUCCUUAAUUUAGUGCAACUAUUUCUGGACUACGUAUAGGGUAUUACUCUAUUACACCAGUUCUGUGUCAAACUGACAAUAUACUCUAUCUAAUGAGCCUCUUCAAUAAUUCAAUGUAUUUCGGCAAAUGUAAGCUACCUUUGAGGCCUGCUUGAUGUGAACGUCCAUGCCUUUUGUGUCAAAUUAUGUAUUUCAUUCAAAUUAUCUUUGUAAAGUAGCCUGUACUGUAAAUAACUCUUACUUGAUCUCAAAAUAAAAUAGAGAGCAGGAUGUUUAGAGUCAA